AAAAGCUAUUAACGCGUUUAACUUAUUCCUCAGUGGCAGUGACACUCCUCAACCCAUUUGUCGUUUUGCUUCUUUUCGCUGACUUGUGACUGAGAGACUCCCAAAGAGCCAUUGCCCCAUUUUUAUGCUUAUUUUCCCAUCUCAGUGAAUGGCUUUAGCUCCUAUCACCCGGACCCUUUUCGGUCGUUGCUUGAUUCACCCUUCGUCUUCUCUCAGUCAAAAGCCCCGACUUUUCUCUUCCCUUUUUAAUAAGAGACCAUUUUAUUCUCUGGUUGAUCCAACCCGUACAACAUUUAAAAGAACAAUUGGUUGGGUUCCUCGGGCUAUGGCUUCUUCAUUAGCUGGGGAAAGAGCUGAUUUUUCAAAACGAUAUGUAUCUGUGAAUGAGCCUGUUGUUCCUGCCGACUGGCUUCAUGCUAACCUCAAGGACCCUAAUCUUAAGGUGCUUGAUGCAUCUUGGUACAUGCCUGAUGAGCAAAGGAAUCCAAUUCAAGAGUAUCAGGUUGCUCAUAUUCCUGGUGCCCUUUUCUUUGACGUUGAUGGAAUUUCAGAUCGAACCUCAAAUUUACCACACAUGUUGCCAUCAGAGGAAGCUUUUGCUGCUGCUGUUUCUGCUCUUGGCAUCCAGAACAAAGAUGAUCUGGUAGUGUAUGAUGGGAAAGGGAUUUUUAGUGCAGCUCGUGUUUGGUGGAUGUUCCGAGUUUUUGGGCAUGACAGAAUCUGGGUUUUAGAUGGAGGCCUGCCAAGAUGGCGUGCAUCAGGAUAUGAUGUUGAAUCCAGUGCUUCCUCUGGUGAUGCAAUUCUGAAAGCUAGUGCUGCCAGCGAGGCCAUAGAGAAAGCGUAUCAGGGACAGGCAGUUGGGCCAAUUACAUUUCAGACAAAGUUUCAGCCACAUCUUGUAUGGACUCUUGAGCAGGUUAAAAAAAACAUUGGGGAAGGGACUCACCAACAAAUAGAUGCUCGAUCAAAGGCCAGAUUUGAUGGAACUGCUACAGAACCUAGGAAAGGGAUAAGAAGUGGUCAUGUACCUGGCAGCAAGUGCAUUCCUUUUGCCCAGUUGUUGGAUAGUUCACAGACACUCUUACCAGCGGAUGAGCUGAAAAAACGAUUUGAUCAAGAAGGCAUCUCUUUGGGAAGCCCUGUUGUUACUUCAUGCGGUACUGGUGUAACUGCCUGUAUUCUUGCUCUGGGUCUUCAUCGGCUCGGCAAGUCUGAUGUCGCAGUGUAUGAUGGAUCUUGGACUGAAUGGGGAGGAAAUCCUGAUACACCUGUUGAAACUUCAUAAAAUGUCGAUAAAGUAUUGUCGUAAACUCAAUUGUGACAUGAACAGCAUAGGGUUUACCCUUAAUUUGAAUCUCUUUUUUAAGGAUGUUGUAUAGAGAAUAAUGGUUGAGUUGGUCCUUUUAUAAGCCCUUUUUUUUUUGGUUUAAAAAAAUCAUUGUUCAAUUUUAUAAUUAUGAGUUCGAUCAUAUUAUUGGACUUCA